UCACAUCAGAGGAAAUGAAACGUUAAGCCUCAUCUCAGUGUUCCAUGAAACAUGGUACGGAUAUCAUUGACUGCUCAAAACAACGAAAUACUGGAGGGAUGACAUUCGAUAGAUUCGAGAAUGAGAUAUAGACAUCACCAACAAAGUUAGAAUUUGGACGAAGAAGACUGGUCGGUUAUUUCUGGUAUCUGGUUUCUAAAAACUUAAAUAUAUCUGAUAUAUAACAAAACAAGAUCCUUAUAACGGGCAUGCAUUAAAUCAUUUUUCUGAAGUUUUUAGACGUUCGAGACAUGAUAUAGAAUGACUGAAUCAAGAUUUUACAUCUAAUUCCUGGUUCGUCAUCAAUCAUCCUGUCAACGGUUGCAACUUAAGUUUAGUGGCCUGCUGACCUGUUUUGAGGAGCUGAGUGACUACAUUCCGCAGUGCAAUUGAAAGCGUUUCUAAAGCAGACUAUAAGUCACCAGUUUACUCAAAGAAUACCUGAGAGGAAGACCAUACAAACGCAACAAACAAUGGCUAACACAGUUCAUAACCUUCGCACAAUGGAGCAGAUUCUCAGUACAGACAACACAACUAAGACAAGAGACAUCUCAACUUCACAAGAUUACCCUCUCCUGCAGAUGGUUCUGGUUGGUUUGAUGCACUGGCCUUAUGUCGUUUUUGUCCCACUGGGCGUUGUAGGGAACAUGAUAUCAUUCCUGAUUACGACCAAGAAGAGUAACAAAAACCUCAGCACUUGUGUGUAUAUGAGUGCGUUAUCUGUGGUGGACACAAUGAUCCUAAUAUCCGUCACAUCCCACCGCGUUAUCUUCGUACUUGGUCAGAGUGCAGUCAUUCAGUAUGGAAUUAACGAUGUCAUUUUCUUCUGGUACUGGUCGUACACAGCAGGAAUGUCCUCUGGCCUCUAUCUCGCUUACAUGAGUUUGGAUCGAGCAAUUGCAGUAACCUUCCCAUUGAAGGCUAAGACAUUCUGUACUACAUCAAGAGCCAAAAAGGCAGUCAGUAUGACUUUCUUCAUUCCAGCAAUUUUGAACGUGAACAUGUUUUUCACUUAUCAAGUCGAUAAAGAUAUUACAGGAUUUGACACGGCUUACUUGAAUUACCCAGAGGCGCUCUGGGUGGAGCAGGCUGUUAGCGCCUACAUGCUCACCGUUGGUACAAUCAUACCUUUUAUCAUUAUUAUGACAUGUAACAUUGUCAUAAUUGCAAGUGUACAAAAGGCGGGAAAAAGUAGAAACAAGAUGGCUGCUGGAGAAGAGGGUGGCACAUCGCAGGGGCGACAUCUGACAAGAAUGCUCAUCUUCGUAACUGUUGCUUACAUUGUCCUCUCGAUACCAAUGAGGUUAUUCGAAAUAGCAUUUUCUAUACCGGCGGUCAUUGAGAAAUAUGAUAUGAGUGACCCCUAUUGGCAAUUGUUGUUCAACGUGGAGUUAUGGAUUGUGACAGACUUGUGGAAUUUAAACUAUGCUGUGAAUUUCUAUCUUUAUUUUCUUGGUGGUGGUAAAAAGUAUAGAAACGAUGCUAAGCAAGUCUUUUUUAAAUUCUUUUCUUGCUCAACGAAAUACAUCAAAUAGAUGAACGAAAGUCAACUUAUGUCCAAAUCAGUUUCAAGCAGAACUAUUACCAGUGAAUUCGUUCAUGGACUUAUGCAACCGUCUAUGGCAAGCCAUUCGUCCAAUAACUAACCUGGUUUUCUUCUUUCGAAACUUAGUUUCAUGGAAGAAAACGUGGUUUUCUUCUAUGUUUCGAAGUUUAAGUUUUCGAAAGAAGAAAACCAGAUUUUACUGAAACCUAGUCUUUUUACCUCGUCUCCAACCCAACCUCUUCCCAGACGAACCAUGUGUUUUCUGGCAUAUGGAUUUAAAACCAGGUUAUGAAAGAAAUAACCUUGUCUUUUUUUUAUAAAAACUAGGUUUUGAUGAA